UCUAGAGAGAGAGAGAGACUGUGUGUCGUCUGUAGAGAAAGAGAGAUGAGAGAGAAACCGUGUGGUGAUGAUAUGUGUGGAGCCCUAGGGGCAUGAAGGCGUGAAUUUUGCAGCUUCUGGUUUUUAUGGUAUUCACUCUACCAGAUCUUCUUCAUUUCUCUCUCUUUCUCUGUAUAUGUUUCUUUCUUCUCUCAGCUCUCUUUCUCACCCUCUCUUUUUUUGGGUGAUGGUUGGAUGUUAAGGGUUUUUGUAGAAAAAUUUAAUCUUUGCAUGAUUGAUCUGUUGUAUGUAUGGAUCUAUGGUUUCCAAGUGAAAGAAUCGAUCUUUGAUAGUGGUGUAUUGGUAUUCCGACCUUGUGAUGCUCAGGUUUCAAAAAACUGUGAAGAAGUUCCUGAUAAAAGUCAGUUGUAUGCAAGUGUAACUGUUUGUGGUCAUUAUUUUACUCAAGAGGAAUAUAAUUUAUGUGACAAGAUUGGCAGAAAUAUCAGCCAUAUUGGAGUGAAUGUCGUUUCGCAGCAUUGUUCGUGAUGUGAGGGAUGGGUUUGGGAGCUUAUCAAGGCGGAGUUUUGAUGUUAGGCUUCCUGGCCAUCAUAGAGGGAAAUCCCAUGGCUCAGUCCAUGAGUUGCAGGACCAGCCUCUUGUGGUCCAAAACAGUCGUUGGGCUGGCCUUCCACCUGAGCUACUUCGUGAUGUGAUUAAGAGGUUGGAGGCAAGCGAGAGUACAUGGCCAUCUCGCAAGCAUGUUGUUGCAUGCGCUGCUGUUUGCAGAUCCUGGAGAGAAAUGUGUAAAGAAAUUGUCAAAAGUCCAGAGUUCUCUGGGAAGCUUACUUUCCCCAUCUCUCUGAAACAGCCAGGGCCUCGGGAUGGAACCAUUCAGUGCUUCAUUAAGAGGGACAAGUCCAACUUGACUUACCACCUUUUCCUUUGCCUUAGCCCUGCUUUGCUUGUUGAAAAUGGGAAAUUUCUUCUGUCUGCAAAACGAAACAGGAGAACUACUUGCACAGAAUAUGUAAUCUCCAUGGAUGCCGAUAACAUAUCAAGAUCAAGCAGCACUUAUAUUGGGAAGCUGAGGUCAAAUUUCCUUGGCACAAAGUUCAUAAUUUAUGAUACACAGCCACCAUACAAUGGUUCUCAACUCUCCCCACCUGGCCGAACGAGCCGGAGGUUCUACUCGAAAAAGGUUUCUCCUAAAGUCCCAACUGGCAGCUACAACAUUGCCCAGGUCACAUAUGAGCUGAAUGUCUUAGGCACCAGGGGGCCACGAAGGAUGCACUGCACUAUGCAUUCAAUCCCUGCUUCAUCCCUUGAGCCGGGUGGCACUGUGCCUGGCCAGGCUGAGCUCCUCCCUCGCAACCUUGAAGAUUCGUUCCGUAGCAUCUCCUUCUCAAAAUCAAUUGAUAACUCAACCGAGUUCAGCAGCUCCCGGUUCUCAGACAUUAUUGGGCCUCGUGAUGAAGAGGAUGAGGGAAAGGACAGACCACUGGUUCUCCGAAACAAGCCGCCCAGAUGGCAUGAGCAGCUGCAAUGUUGGUGCCUUAACUUCCGGGGGAGGGUAACUGUUGCCUCAGUCAAGAAUUUCCAGCUGAUUGCUGCCACACAGCCGGCCGCUGGUGCGCCAACACCAUCACAGCCUCCAGCCUCUGAUCAUGACAAGAUUAUUCUGCAGUUUGGCAAAGUUGGCAAGGAUAUGUUUACCAUGGAUUAUCGAUAUCCUCUGUCUGCUUUUCAGGCUUUCGCUAUCUGCUUGAGCAGCUUCGACACUAAGUUGGCAUGUGAAUAGAAGUAAAACAGAAAAAGAAAAAAAAAAAAAAAGGAGAUCAUGGUAAGGAAUAGAACACUUAGCUGGUAAUGAAUUUUCUUUUCUAGAGUUCCAUAGGAUGGGGUUUCUUGAAUGCAUCUAUAUCUCAUUGUAGGCUGAAGAGUGCAGAACAUUGUCUGUGCGCAUUGGAGGGGGAAAGGGAUCUUUUCCUUUUUUCUUGGGCUAGCUUGCUUUGGCCAUUGUGAAUGCCUUCAGAUGUUGAACUUCAAUUUCCCUUUUUUAAAAUAUGCCUAUAAAGAAUCUGUUUAGACUUCCAAAA